AAUCGGUUGGCGCAGCACAGGGGUUAUUGGAGAUCGGUGGGAGAGGCCUUCCACCUUGCAGUGGACUUAAAAUAGGCUGCUGCUGCUGCUGCUGCUGAUGAUGAUGAUGAGGAUGAAUGGCGAACAACUGAACCAACUGCGUGAGGAAGCAGCAAGAGUAGCAGCAACAUCGCCACCGAUCUGCUUUGCCAUCGCCUACAGUUUCACCGCGAUGAUGGUUACACCUUUCUGACGAAGAAGCCUCAGAAGAGGCCCGCCUGUACGCGGGCGGCCUAGCCUCCGAGCUUGGCGUAGCAGCUCCGUUGGGAAACGGAGCCGGUAGGCACCGGUGGUCUCCGGAGCUCCGGAGUCCGCAAGGGAGCCGGGAAGCACAGGUCAUGGCCACGUCAGACCACCGGCAGACGGUGGCUGAGCCGCGGGCUGACGAAGAUUGGGUCUUCCUGCAUCACGACGGCGACGGGCAGCGAGAUGGCGACGCCAAAAGGAAUGAGGAAAGCGUCUGGGGUGCGGCUGAGCGGCCAAAAAGCGCCCAAGCUACAGAAACAGUCAUGGAGUUGCACCCCUCGGCGGGGACCGAGGAUAGCAUCUGCAGCCUUGAUUUUGAUUUCGCGGGUCUGCGCGGCUUCCUCGACCGCUUCCCUCUGUUGCCGGCCCUGCACGCGUUCCCAGGGGUCUGCGAGCCCUCGCUGGUUGACGAAAACCCUGCUCGAAUGCUGUGGACUUGCCUCAAGCGCCUGACGCGGAUAGUCCUCAGGGCUGCCGUGUUUUCUUGUGCGGCACGCUUUCUCUUCUGGUCGGCGGCGAAAGCGAGCGUAGUCAAGCGACCGGAGAUGCUGCAACUGCUCCUAGUGCUGGCGGUGAUGAAUCUGGGAACCCCACUGGCGCAUCUCGCAACUUGGUAUUCCGAGCUCAUUGCAAACAUGGUGGAAAUGGUCUAUCAUGACUGCUGGCCGAGGCGUAAGCUCAUGCGCUACGCGGCGUUCACGAACACAGUGCCGGUGCUCACGCACAUGGCCACAUUCCUGCUGUUAAUGCCGAUAGACGGAAUAUGCACCGACGUCGAGGCCACGUGGCGCAUACUCUUGCUCCGCUUCCGAGAGGUGUACGCCACACAGUUUGACGGAAUCGGCGAGACCGUACGAGAAUGCCUCGCGGAAGGAUAUCCACCGGCUGGCUAGGAGCGGACGGCGAGCGACAGCACGAGCAGAGCGCUGCUGCGGCGGAUCGUGCAAGUCCCACCUCGGACGUGCCGGGACCGGACAGUGCCUGGUGCGCGUUAACAAAAAGUAAAAAUUAAAAUUCCCGCAGAACGCAUCUACGA